CUUCCGCCAUCUAAGAGUCUGUGCCUGUCCAAACUCAACCUCCUCAGUCCUUAUUAUUCAACUCCUUGUCUUACUUCAUGUUAGAAGGAAAAAUAAACAGACGAAAAGCUACAAACAAAGCCAGCCCUUUCCUUUCUUCGUCUUCUUCUUCUCUUGCAUAAGAAAAAGCCAUUUCAUGAUUAACCAAGAGAGCUUCUCUUUUACUUUUCUAUAAAAUGGCAGACUUUCAUGAGCCCUUACUGGGUGUACAAGAACCUCCUCUUUCCAAUACAAAAUCCCCACGUGUCUCUUCUCUUGAUGUCUUUCGUGGUCUCUGCGUCUUUCUUAUGAUGCUUGUUGAUUAUGGAGGCUCGAUUUUCCCAAUCAUUGCUCAUUCUCCAUGGAACGGCCUUCACUUGGCAGAUUUUGUUAUGCCUUUCUUUCUUUUUAUAGCUGGUGUUUCUCUUGCACUUGUCUACAAGAAAGUAACAAAGAGAAUAGAUGCGACAUGGAAAGCCAUGCUUAGGGCAGUAAAACUAUUUUUCCUGGGUGUGUUUCUUCAAGGCGGCUAUUUUCAUGGAAUUAAUUCCUUGACGUAUGGUGUUGACAUUGAAAGAAUACGCUGGUUUGGCAUUCUGCAGAGAAUAUCUAUUGGAUACAUUGUUGCGGCUUUAUGUGAGAUUUGGCUUUCGCGUCGAACACAGAGCCAGAGGGAAAUAGGUUUCUUCAAGAAUUAUUAUUGGCAUUGGGUUGUGGCAUUUUCAUUGUCUGCAGUUUACCUGGGAUUAUUAUAUGGUUUAUAUGUUCCAGAUUGGCAAUUUGAGAUGUCCAAUGCAGCUUCUUCUGCGCUUCCAAUCAAUGGCAGCAAUGUUUAUAUGGUCAAAUGUUCUGUAAGAGGUGAUCUUGGACCUGCAUGUAAUUCAGCUGGAAUGAUUGAUCGCUAUGUUCUUGGUUUUGAUCACCUGUACACAAAACCUGUCCACAGAAACCUAAAGGAAUGUAAUAUGACAAACGGCCAAGUCUCAGAGAGUUCACCUUCAUGGUGCCAUGCUCCUUUCGAUCCUGAAGGUCUUCUAAGCUCCUUAACAGCUGCAAUAACCUGCAUAAUUGGACUUCAAUGUGGUCACGUUCUUGCUCACAUACAGUCACAUCUGCAUUACACAAAUGCUUUACAGGAGCACAAGGGGCGUAUUGAAAGCUGGUCCUUGUUCUCAGCUUCACUUCUUCUUCUUGGUUCAGUCCUCGCCUUUAUAGGUAUCCCUGUGAAUAAAUCUCUCUAUACAAUUAGUUAUAUGCUAAUUACCUCUGCAUUAUCUGGCAUCACAUUUUGUGCCUUAUACUUGCUGGUGGAUGUUUAUGGUUACAGACGUGUGACAUUUCCAUUGGAGUGGAUGGGAAAACAUUCCUUGAGUAUCUUUAUUCUUGUAACUUCAAACAUACUUAUUAUAGCCAUUCAGGGAUUUUACUGGAAGAAUCCUGAAAAAAACUUAAUUCACUUGAUCGUUACAUGCUUUGUGCACAGAUGAUAAUCAUUUCACGGUUCCCUUUGCACAGGUGUACAGUAUCAAGUGCCAAGGGAAAAAGAUAAUGCUGUCAAAGAAGCCAUCAUUGAAGCAUGAUUUGAUGACAGAAUGAUCACUCUAUGAAGGUCCCUGAAGCAGUUUUAGUUUGGAUACGAGCAACACAACGUUAUGGAAGAGUGAUUCAAAUGAUGCUCUCAUAAGAUUCUUGUUAUGUUAUGAGCAAACAUUUGCAGUUUUACUCAACUUAAUGCAAGGAACUGCAUUUAAAAUUAAUCAAUUGAAGCACUAAAUCAUGGCUA